GCACCAGACCGAGAGGGAACCGGCCGGUCUGGCCAUGCACUCGGCCUCCGGCAGGGGCGCUACAGCCGGGGCUGGACCCAGAACUGACCCGAGGCCUACCCAGCCCGCGCCAUCCGCUCUGCCCGGCGCCUGCAGGCCUAUCUGGACAAGUAGUACUUCCACACAAACCUCAUGCGACCUCUCCAGAUUGUUCCAAGCCGAUUCCAGCUCUGUUGUGGACUGAGGCCUCCAGCCUCUCCUCAAAGCAAGAUCUGCCUUACGAUGGCUCGUCCAAGUUCAAAUAUGGCAGAUUUUCGCAAGUGUUUUGCAAAUGCAAAGCACAUAGCCAUCAUCUCAGGGGCUGGUGUAAGUGCUGAGAGUGGGGUUCCAACUUUCAGAGGAGCUGGAGGUUAUUGGAGAAAAUGGCAAGCUCAGGACCUGGCAACUCCUCAGGCCUUUGCCCGCAACCCAUCACGAGUGUGGGAGUUCUACCACUACCGAAGGGAGGUCAUGCGGAGCAAGGAGCCCAACCCUGGGCAUCUGGCCAUUGCUGAGUGUGAGGCCCGGCUGCGUGACCAGGGCCGGCGGGUCGUUGUCAUCACCCAGAACAUCGACGAGCUGCACCGCAAGGCUGGUACGAAGAACCUGCUAGAAAUCCACGGAACCUUAUUUAAAACUCGAUGCACCUCUUGUGGAGUUGUGGCUGAGAAUUACAGGAGUCCAAUUUGUCCAGCUUUAGCAGGAAAAGGGGCUCCAGAGCCUGAAACUCAAGAUGCCGGAAUACCAGUUGAUAAACUUCCCCGGUGUGAGGAGGCAGGAUGUGGAGGCUUGCUGCGACCUCAUGUGGUAUGGUUUGGAGAAAACCUGGAUCCAGCUGUUCUGGAGGAGGUGGACAGAGAGCUCACCCUCUGUGACUUGUGUCUAGUGGUGGGAACAUCCUCUGUGGUCUACCCAGCCGCCAUGUUUGCCCCUCAGGUGGCUUCCAGGGGAGUGCCAGUGGCCGAGUUUAACAUGGAGACCACCCCAGCCACCAACAGAUUCAGGUUUCAUUUUCAAGGACCCUGUGGGACAACAAUUCCUGAAGCCCUUGCUCCUCAUGAAACUGAAACUAUUUCUUAAGUGUCCUGUGGGAGGAAGAAAUUACAGUUUAUCACAGAACUAGGUCACAAACAAGAGCAGCAGUCUUGUGGAUGGUGAGCUGAAUUUUGGAAAAUCUAAAAAUACUCUCUGAUUCCCUAGUAGAGAUUCAAUCUGUUAAAUGAUUGCACUUAGAAGUAUCAAUAGGAAAUGGAUUUUAUCUGGAAGAGGCUGAGUUGUAGUUAUUCCGCUUAUUUGGUUUCAGCUGAAAUGUGUUUUCUGAUUGAUGUGCUUGGUCAGUUACUGGGAAGGAAACAUUUGUAAUUAAAUUAUCUAAAAUAAAGAUUAUUGGCCAGGCAUGGUGGUACAGUCAGGAGGCAGAGGCAGGUGAAUCUCUGUGAUUCAAGGCCAGCCUGGUCUACAUAGUGAGUUCCAUGCCAGCUGGGGCUAUGGGGGAGACAUUGUCUCAAAAAGAUUUAAAAAAAAAAAAAAAAGGUUAUUAUCUUGAUUGUAUUUUUGUUCUUUGGGCAAAGCCAGAAAUAAAGUCCUGGUGUUUAAACACUGAUAUGUAA